AUGAACGGGAGUUUCGCGACGCAAACGAAGACACUGAAGAUUGAAAAAGGGGCGAAUGGAUUUGGGAUAGCGCUCAACGGUGGGGCGAAGACUGUCAAUCAAUUUACAGGAGAUACAGGAAUCUUCGUCUCCGAUGUUCUCCAAGGACCAGCGUUUGGUUUACUCAUUGCGGGCGACAAAGUGCUCGAGAUCAAUGGUAUUUCAAUGGAGAAAGCGGAGAAACCGCAAGCCACCGAUCUCCUGAAGCGGAGCAAAACAGCUACCUUCAAAGUGGCACGUCGAGUUCCGACGAACCCAAUGUCGACAAUGAUGGCUCCCAUGGGACAGAUGCCAGUUCAAAUGCAACAGUACCAAGCAAUGAUGCAAAAUUCGACGAUGAACCCGCAGCAGACAAUGCAAUUCCAGCAACAGAUGAAUGAGCAAAUGAUGCUGAAUCAAACCCAGCAGGCUCCACCGCCAGUUCAAAAUAUGGGAGAUGUUAUUAACUCUGCUGAAGGUCAAAAAAGGUUGAAGAAUUUUGAACCAAGCGAAGAAUCGGAAGACUUCUCUUCGGACGAAGAAAAGAAGCCAAAAAAGAACAAGAAAAAGCAUCGUAAACGAUCUUCAAGCUAUUCCAGUCGCUCGAGCUCACGUGGAAGAACAAAGACGUCGAAGUCGAAGAAAAAGUCCAAAGCUCGCAAAUCAUCCUCGUCCUACUCUCGCGGCUCUUCGGUUGAACGUGAACUCGCGCAGAUUAAAAUCAGAGACAAGUACGCCGUCAUCCCUGUCAAAGCUCACGAACCGAGGACGGUGACGUUGAAAAAGUCACACGGGCAGUCGUUUGGAAUGAAGUUGGGAACACGCGUCUUCGUUCAAAGCAUCAAUCCUGGCGGAGUCGCGGAAAAUAACGAUGUCAACCAAAACGACUUGAUUCUCUCCGUCAAUGGAGCUUCGACAGAUUCUCUAACGAUUCCGGAAGUUCUUGAGAAAAUAAAAGGAUCUGAUACGCUUGUUCUGGAAGUGCAGCAAAUCGACGGGGGAACUGUAACUCUUCCUUCAACAGUCUUGAACCAGAGUUCUAGCGAAAGAGGGAGCUCGUCAAAACAUUCGUCUUCGAAAAAAGGAUCAAAAAGUUCAAAGUCGCAUCAUCGAUCCUCCUCAAGACACAGGUCACGUGAUCAUCGGAGACGAUCUUCAUCUGACGAUUACAGGGAUGACUAUCGCUACAAGUACAGUUACACCCACGAGCCAGUUGUGAAUCAAAAGAGCACCCAUGUAUAG